AUGGACAAUCGAUAUACCCCACUACAGAGGGCCCCAGUACAUCAGCAGCAGCAGCAUCAACAUCAGCAACGGCAAAAUAACCAGCAGCAACAACAACAACAACAACAACAACAACAACAACAACAACAACACCACCACCACCACCAACAGCGGCAGUUUCAACACUCACAGUACACUCCCUAUGGCCAACAACAAAGCACUGUGGGCGGGGGCGGUUUUAGUGUUGCGAGGGCGGGAAGUGCUGCUGCUGCUGCUGUUGCUGCGCGGCGCGUGGUAGUCGCCAAGACCACCAAUGGCGGCGUUGAUCUCCCCAGGCCUGGUCUCACAUCGCUGUCAGCCUCAUCCUCAUCUUCUUCAACGUCGUCGUCGACCGCCGCCUUUAUGCACCCGCACCCCCACCAUUAUGCCCCUGCUGUUCCGAACCACCACAACCCUUCUUUUGCCGUUGCCAGCGCUGCUGGUGAUAUCAGAUCAAACAAUUUUGUCAACGCCAUGAACCCGGCCCGAAAUUUGAGAGCUGAAGUCAGCUACCAGCAACAGCAGCAGCAGCAAAGGACAUCAUCCUACCCAGGUGACCGGGGAGGACCCAUCCAGUAUCAGAGCAAAGUGCGAGUUACAGACAAGUACAAAGUCAUUGGUUUCAUUUCCAGUGGCACCUAUGGCCGUGUCUACAAGGCUCACGGUCGCCAUGGCCAACCAGGCGAGUUUGCCAUCAAGAAGUUCAAGCCGGACAAGGAAGGCGAGCAGGUCACCUACACGGGCAUUUCGCAAUCCGCCGUGAGAGAAAUGGCCCUCUGCUCUGAACUCAACCACGCCAACGUCAUCAAGCUCAUCGAAAUCAUCCUCGAGGACAAGUGCAUAUUCAUGGUCUUUGAGUACGCCGAGCACGACUUGUUGCAAAUCAUCCACCACCACACCCAGCAACCGCGGCAUCCCAUCCCGCCAAACACCAUCAAGAGCAUCAUGUUCCAGCUCCUCAACGGCUGCCAAUACCUGCACACCAACUGGGUCCUCCACCGUGAUCUCAAACCAGCCAACAUCAUGGUCACGUCGUCGGGGGAGGUGAAAAUUGGCGAUCUCGGUCUCGCCCGCCUGUUCUACAAACCCCUCCACAGCUUGUUCUCGGGCGACAAAGUCGUAGUGACGAUCUGGUAUCGCGCUCCCGAGCUGCUGCUGGGAAGCAGGCACUACACGCCCGCGAUCGACAUGUGGGCCGUGGGCUGCAUCUUUGCCGAGCUGCUCUCUCUCCGCCCCAUCUUCAAGGGGGAGGAAGCAAAAAUGGACUCGAAAAAGACGGUGCCGUUUCAGCGGAACCAGAUGCAAAAGAUUGUGGACGUCAUGGGCCUGCCGACGAAGGAGCGGUGGCCGUUGCUGACGAGCAUGCCCGAGUACUCGCAGCUGCCGUCGCUGUCACCGCCAUUGGGAGGCGGUGGCGGUGGUGGGCAUGGAGGUCACCACGGACAUCACGGGUAUGGUUCACACCAUCAUCACCAGUCCCACCACGGACGAGGCGGGAACAACGCAGCCGCGAGCGUCUCCCACUUGGAAAAGUGGUACUAUGGCACCAUCAACCAGCAGAUUUCGUCGACGGCGCAGGCCAAUGGGGCGAGCUCGCUUUCGGUGCUCGGCGCGCAGGGGUACAACUUGCUGGCUGGGCUGCUGGAGUACGAUCCGGAAAAGAGACUGACGGCUGCCAAUGCGCUCCAGCACCCGUUCUUUGCCGAGAGCCCGGAUCCGAUCAAUGCGAACUGCUUCGCGGGGGUCAAGAUGGAAUACCCUCAUCGGAGGGUCAGUCAGGACGAUAACGAUAUACGAACGGGGAGCCUGCCCGGGACCAAGAGAAGCGGGCUGCCGGAUGAUUCGCUGAGACCGGGGAAGAGAGUGAAGGAGAACUGAUUUUACUUUUCCACGGCUGGGCAAUGAUUAUAGGGAGAGGAGUCGUCUGGAGUUGGUGGUGUUUCUGGGAUGGGCAUGACAUCUAUGGCAUUUACGUUUGAGCGUUUAUUCAGAGUUUAUAGUGAUAUUCCGACCAUCAAAGGCAUAUUGUUGGUGUUUUUGCUAGGGAUACUCGUGAUUGCUCUCAGGCUCUCAAAGUCGAGCCGACUCAGAUAGUCACGCCCCAUUCCUCGUCUCCUCCACCUCGCAGUACGCCUUGAAAGUGACAAACUCGUCCUCGUCUCCAUCCGCCUCGCUCUCCAGCACGCAUUCCGCUGUGGCGCCCACAAAAUAGACAUACCCCUCCUUGAUCUCCUUCACAGUCGGCCCAACGCUAAUCUUCCCCUUGC